GGCAAAGCAAUGCUGAAGUUUUCAUCCCAACAAAUUAUUAUUACAACAAAUUUAAUUAAAAGAAUAUGCAGUGCAUGGCUGUUCACCAAUUUGCUCCAUUAUUAUCACUCCCUAAUUGCAGUAGAAUUAGUAGUGAUUUUGGUAGACUUUUUACACCAAAAACAUCAAGAAAAUCAAGAUCAAGAUCAAGUACUUGUCACCCCAUCCAAUGUACUGUGGUCAAUAAUACUGAUCGAAGAUCAGCCAACUAUGAACCCUCUAUUUGGUCUUUUGAUUACAUUCAGUCUCUUACAAGCCAAUAUAAGGGAAAAUCCUAUUCAAGUCGACUAAAUGAGUUGAAGAAAGAGGUGAAAAUGAUGGUAGAUGGGACGAACGAAUCUUUGGCUCAACUCGACCUAAUCGAUACAUUGCAAAGACUUGGAAUAUCUUAUCAUUUCGAGGAUGAAAUAAACACUAUUUUAAAAAGAAAGUACAUCAAUAUUAAAAAUAAUAUUAAUUAUAAUUUAUACUCGACUGCUCUCCAAUUUAGGCUUUUACGCCAACAUGGCUACUUGAUAACUCAAGAAGUAUUCAAUGCUUUCAAGGACGAGACAGGGAAGUUUAAAACAUACUUGAGUGAUGAUAUUAUGGGAGUAUUGUCUUUAUACGAAGCUUCAUUCUAUGCAAUGAAACAUGAAAAUGUUUUGGAAGAAGCAAGACUUUUUUCAACUAAAUGUCUCAAAGAAUAUAUGAUGAAGAUGGAGCAAAAUAAAGUAUUAUUAGAUCAUGAUCUUGAUCAUAAUGAUAAUUUUAAUGUUAAUCAUCAUGUACUAAUUAUUAACCAUGCCUUGGAGCUUCCACUUCAUUGGAGGACGAGAAGAAUAGAAGCCAAGUGGUUCAUGGAUGUAUACGAGAGAAGAAAAGACAUGAAUUCUACUUUGCUUGAGUUUGCCAAGCUGGAUUUUAACAUGGUGCAAUCAACACAUCAAGAAGAUCUAAAACAUUUAUCAAGGUGGUGGAGGCAUACUAAACUGGGAGAAAAAUUGAAUUUUGUGAGAGAUAGAUUGAUGGGGUGUUUUUUAUGGAAGGUUGGAGUGCGAUUUGAGGCAGAAUUCAGCCACUUUAGGAGAGUAUCUGCAAGGUUGUAUGUUCUAAUUACCAUAAUUGACGAUAUAUAUGAUGUAUAUGGAACGAUGGAGGAAUUAGAGCUUUUCACUAACGCCGUUGAGAGAUGGGAUGUGAAAAUAAUGAACGAGUUACCAGAUUAUAUGAAGAUGCCUUUUCUUGUUUUACACAAUACCAUAAAUGAAAUGGUAUUUGAUGUAUUAAAAGAACAAGACUUUGUCAGCUUUAAAUACCUCAAGAAAACGUGGGUAGACUUGUGUAGAUCUUUUCUACAAGAGGCAAAGUGGUACUAUAGUGGAUACACACCAACAUUGAAAGAAUAUAUUGACAAUGCUUGGAUUUCGGUUGGAGCACCAAUUAUUCUUGUGCAUGCUUAUUUUUCCUUUGCAAAUCCCAUAUCGAAGGAGGUUUUGGAAUUAUUGGAACAAGGUUAUCCCACUAUAAUUCGUCACUCUGCAAUGAUUGUUCGACUAGCAAAUGAUCUCGCAACUUCAUCGGAGGAAUUCAAAAGAGGUGAUGCUCCUAAAUCAAUUCAAUGUUACAUGCAAGAAACUAAGGUAUCUGAAGAGGAAGCUCGUCAACACAUAAAUUUUUUAAUAAGAGAAGCAUGGAAGGAGAUGAAUAAUGAACAUGGAAAUCCAUUAGUUGAUGAUGCUAAAAACUUUGCUAGGAUGGGACUAUUCAUGUAUCAACAUGGAGAUGGACAUGGUUCUCAAGAUAAUCGAUCUAAAAGACGAAUUUCAGAAUUUAUUAUUAAUCCUAUUCUCCUAAUUAAAAACAAUUAAUGAUUAAUAAAUAUUUAUGUAUGUAUACAAUACAGUUUUAUGAUUAAUAUAAACUAAUAACUGAUAUACGUGUGCA